GCUUUCUUUCCUUCUUCUAAUUGCCAGUGUGCCACGAGGAAACCACCAUUUUGGCCGGAAUGAUCUCAGUUUUGAUGUUUCUGAACUCGCGCGGAGAUGUGGUAUUCUCCCGCUCCUUUCGCAACGGGUUCAAUGUGCGUACACUUGCAGAGACGUUUCGCAACGAGCUAAUCUCAAGCAAGCUAGUGGACCGCUGCCCCGUCAACUUUGUGAACCGCACCUGCUUUAUUCACCUCAAGCUGACCGACCUGUACGUGGUGAUGGUCUCCAACUCCAACGUUAACUGUCUCGUGUGUCUGCAGUACGGUGUGCGCCUGCUGCAAUACAUCCAAUCCUACUUUGAUGACCUCGAUGAGAAAGCGGUCAAGGAAAACUUUGUAACGCUGCAGAGCAUUAUCGAUGAGUCGAUGGACUUUGGAUACCCCAUAUUGACAGACAUGGAGGCAAUGACAGCGUUUGUCACGAACGACGGCGUGAAGCCAGAGGUGCUCAAGAAUACCGUAGAGUCGGAGCGCAUCGCUGAUAGACUGACAGGUGUCACGCCGUGGCGGGUGGAAGGCUGCUUGUACCAAAACAACGAGAUAUUCGUUGACGUGUUUGAAAACGUCAACCUGCUUCUCGCGCAAACGGGGGAGGUUCUGCAAAGCAAUGUCACUGGGCGCGUCGUCAUGAACAACUUCCUCUCCGGGAUGCCGGAGUGCGAGCUGCACUGGAACGCGAAGGUGAUGAACCGCAAUCAAACCGAUCCUGUCUCCACCGACGGCACCGGCGAGGAGCUUAUACCGCUCUCUGACAUCUCCUUCCACAAUUGCGUGCGCCUCACCGCGGACGGUGAGGAGGAGCGCCGACUGCUCUUUGUACCACCAGAUGGCAAGUUCACGCUCAUGACGUACCGCUCCAGCGUCAACGUACAGCCGCCGAUGAAGGUCAUCGCCGCCACAGCGAGGGAGCUGUCCCGCACGCGCACGGAACUGGAGUUCACGCUGAAGUCCGAUGCUCCGCCGGGGCAGAUUGUCACCGAGGUCGCUGUGACCGUUCCGUGCCCCGAUAACACGGCCGCAGCGUCCAUUAAGGUGCCACGCGGCAAGGCGACCUAUGACGCGGUGAGCCACGGCAUCGUGUGGAAACUGCCAAAGAUGCGCAGCGGCGAGGAGAUCCCCUUCUUCGCCGAAGUCCGCCAAAUUGCGCCGACGGAAGCCACAGAGACGCUGUGGUCCAAGCCGCCCAUCACGAUCGCCUUCCAAUGCGUUUCCUUGUCCCUGACUGGAUUGCGCAUCACUGAGCUAAAGGUGCACGAGCCGGUGUUUAUGUACACCCCGAACAAGUGGAUUCGUUACACGGUCAUGGCUGGCGACUACCAAUGCCGCCUAUGA